UAUGAUUGCUUUUAGCCUUGACCAAUGCCGUCCGAUUUAUAACACAAACAACAUAGUAUGAAUAAUCUGCUAUCUACUUUAAUAUGGUUUUUGUUUGUCAAAUUAAAGCCAUGUAAAUUUGAUUCACACUUCACUUGCCUUUUACGGUCUACUCUUACCUUUAAUGCUCAAAAUCCUUUAAUUUGCCUUUUACUCUUCUUUUUUUUUUUUCUUAUUUUCCACAAGACUCUUUUUUAGAUGCUCAUUUCUUAAAGUGCUAUGAGAAUUACAUAUGGACCAGCUGGAGAACAAAAAGAAAAAGGGAUUGGUGAUGAUGGAAGGUUCGAUUGCAUUUAUAAUCAUAUGCACUUUGUUGCCUUGCUUUGGAUAAUUACAAUUUUCUUCUAAAAAUCUGAGUAAAAAUUAUCAUCCAAUUGGGAUUUAGUAAAGAAUCUUAGCAUCUCGUGUAGUGUAUUAUGAAAAUGUUUGAAUUAAAUUGAUCCAAAAACUGAAAUAUGGUCAGAAUAGGGAGCAAUAAUUAGAAUUAGUUUAUAUCCUAAUCUCUAAUUGCAUAGAUGUCGAGUUUAAUUCAAAACUUGUUUAAGCACUCGUCUUUAAUGGUCAGAGAAAACUAUUUGUCUCCUUGAAAUGAAGCCUCGGAAUCAUGAUCUCAAGUCACAUAAAUGGCUCAACUCUAUGCAGCGUGUCCAUUAUAGCCUUGUUCACUUUGAGAAAUAUAUUCUAUAAGGAUUUGUAAAUAAUCAUUAUUUCUUCUAUCAGACUCAGCAGUUGACUCCCAAUUUCAUGCCACAUCUUAUCAAGUUACCAAGUCGCAAUGAAGGGCCUAAUUUCAUUCCUGUUACUGGAAGAAUGGUUAUUUUUUCCUUACAAGCAUCAAAAUUGAACAUGUCUUCCCUUGCACUAAAGGUGCCAUUUAUAUUUAUUGCAAUCGGUAAUGAUCAAAAGAAUUAGUGCACGCACCAAAAAAUUUAUGUCAUUCGCGACCGGCGGGGCCGGUGGUAGCAUUGGCACACCCAACCUUUCUAUAGGCGUAGAUGUACGUGAAGAAUAUGCAAAUGCCUUCAGGACUGAAUCAUACAAUGAAUUCUGGACGCAUGUCCUGGCAUUAUCGGAUGGAGAUUCAGUCACUGGUAUUCCAGUUGAAUCCACCACUGCGGCUCGACUUCCAUCUUAUCGCCUAUUCGUCGAACAUCUUUUGGACCCCGACCAGUCUACUGUUACCCAUAUCCUGACCUUAGCCCAUAACCCAACCAAGGCCCAUUCUCUCCUAUCUGAAUAUUUCACCCAAACCGCCAAUGCUUCGCUUUUAUGUGGUUUGUUAUUGAAAGACAUCGAUCACACGCGUGCUAGAUACCGCUCCCUCAAAACUACCCUUCAGUCUAUGGACACCACUCUCUUAUCACCCCAAAAGCGUUCCAAUAUUAUUUUAACCCGACUCACGGAAUUUACCACCUAUCUUAACCCAUUUCAUUGGUCCGCUCCAUCUCCAAACCAAGUUCGAAUCAUACAAGCCGAUUGCUCCAAGUUACUCAAGUCGCUUGAGUCAACUCGGGACAAAGCUAGAGCCCAGUUACACCUAAAGAGCAAACUAAAACACGGCUCAGCUUUAUUUGUCGCGGCGUUAACAGCUUCACUGACAAUAAUCCUGGCUACCCAUGCUUUGGCAUUGCUGGUGGCUACUCCAGGUCUUGUAAUGGCAUCAUCGAAGUUGGCCUCAAGCAGCAGGAGGCUAGUGAAAGUGUCAGCUCAACUUGAUAUGGCGGCAAAAGGGACCUACAUCCUGUGUAGGGACUUGGAAACCAUCAGUCGGCUUGUGGCUCGAUUAAAUGAUGAGAUGGAGCAUAUGAGAGCAACGAUCAAGUUUUGGGUCCAGAGAGGAGAGGUUUGGCUUCAAGCUAAUGGGGAAGUGGUGCGUCAGCUCAAGAAAAAUGAUUGCAGCUUUGGGCAACAGCUAGACGAGAUGGAGGAACAUUUGUACUUGUGCUUUAUGACUAUUAAUAGAGCUAGAAACCUUGUACUCAAAGAGGUUUUGGAUCCAGCUCAAUCCAACAGGGCCCCAAACCUUCUAUUGGAAUACUAUUAAAUUAACUCCUUUAUUU